AUUCACAUACGUUUUCUAAUCCACUAGUACUUGUGUGUUUGUUGUUGCGUUGGUUUAGUUGUGUUUUGAAGUUUUGUUUGAUUGAAAAGAAGAGAAAGAAAGAAGAAGAUGUUGGGUGUUUUUAAGAAGAAUUUGGCAGAUGCACCACAAGAGCUGCACAGCCCAGCAGCUAAUGAUUCAUUAUUAAAGCCCAAGCUUCCCCAAGAGACAUUGAAGGAUUUCUUAUCUUGUCAUCCAACUAAUGCUUUCUCUAUUUCUUUUGGGAACAAUGCUUUGCUUGCUUAUGCCCCACCUCAUCCACCAUACUCCAUUCAUCAAAGAUUGUUUUGUGGUUUGGAUGACAUAUACUGCAUAUUUUUGGGGAGUUUAAGCAACCUAUGUGGUCUGAACAAGCAAUAUGGGCUAUCAAAGAGUGGCAAUGAGGCAAUGUUCGUGAUAGAGGCAUACCGGACCCUCCGGGACCGAGGCCCGUAUCCAGCCCAUCAGGUCCUCAGGGAGCUGGAUGGCAGUUUUGGGUUUGUGGUGUAUGAUACCAAGGCUGAAACUGUGUUUGCUGCACUGGGUGCAGAUGAGAGAGUGAAAUUAUACUGGGGUAUUUGUGCUGAUGGGUCUGUUGUAAUUUCUGAUAAUUUGGAGGUCAUCAAAGCAAGUUGUGCCAAGUCAUUUGCGCCUUUCCCAACUGGAUGCAUGUACCACAGUGAAGGAGGGCUGUUGAGCUUUGAGCAUCCGUCGAACAAGUUGAAGGCAAUGCAGAGGAUAGACAGUGAGGGGGUCAUAUGCGGAGCCAACUUCAAGGUUGAUGACUGUUCAAAGAUAAAUAGCAUGCCUAGGGUUGGAAGUGAAGCCAAUUGGGCAGCUUGGGGACCUAUGUCCUAAUGGAUUAAUUAACAUCCAAACCAGGGUGCACCUUUUUUUUUUCUUUUUUAUUUUAUGGUUGUGUCUAUUGCUGUCAUGUUCAUCUUUUCAUUCACCUGAUUUCAGUUUUUGUAUUUCUCAUUGUGUAUAUUAUUAACUUGGAAUUGUAGACACGUGAGUGAAUCAAAUUUAUGUUUUUAAA